UCCCCCUUCGUUUUCCAGUGUAGUGCGUUGAUUUCAUACCAAAGUCAUACUUAACAUUCCACUUAUACUGUCAAACCUCUGAGAAAUAUUACGGCAAAACAACAAGGCGCCAAAUUGAAAGAAACGCACUAAAGGGACCCGCUGCUCCCACUGAGAAGAAGGUGACUGCCAGAUUAUAUAUUUAAAAGAGGUUCAUACCUGGAUCAUCCGACACUCCCAACCUGGUUCCUCAAGAGGAAUCCAACGGGUUUACCUCCGGGAUCAGAGAGAGAGAGAGAGAGAGGCAGACCAAAAUCGAUUUGGAGGAAUACACAACAUCAGUCUGGUUUGGACAUCUGCAUCCCAAAGGUCUUUCCCACAGACCCUUUUGAUUUUGGGGCUCGGGGUCGGGCCCAGGGGGAGCCGCCACCAUUGCGUCCAACGAGUGGAGCGCCAACGGUAGCCCAGAAGAUGGGCUGGACGGGGACAACGAGGACAAGGCCAUUGACGGGGACGCCGAGGGCGUGUGGAGCCCGGACAUCGAGCAGAGCUUCCAGGAGGCCCUCGCCAUCUACCCUCCAUGUGGCAGGAGGAAGAUCAUCCUCUCCGACGAGGGGAAGAUGUACGGUCGCAAUGAAUUGAUAGCAAGGUACAUCAAGCUGAGGACGGGCAAAACCCGCACAAGAAAACAGGUGUCUAGUCACAUACAGGUGUUAGCACGGAAGAAGGUUCGUGAAUACCAGGCGGGUAUUAAGGUUUCUAGCCACUUGCAGGUUCUCGCCCGGAGAAAAUCUCGCGAGAUCCAGUCAAAGCUAAAGGCGAUGAAUUUGGAUCAGGCGUCUAAGGACAAAGCCCUGCAGAACAUGGCAGCUCUGUCGUCCGCACAGAUCGUCUCCCCGAGUAUGAUAAAGAAUCACCUCCCACCACUGCCUCCUGCCCACUACCAACCACCCAGAUUCUGGCCUUCUCUCCCAGGACAGCCUGGACCCUCUCAGGAGCUGGUUCUAGAUCUCAACCCGGGAAGGACUCCUGGGCUUGGCCGCACCAGCCAUGCCAUCAAACCUUUUGCACAGCCGCCGUACCCGAGUCUAUCGGGUCCUCUACCGCAAUCCAUACCAAGUGUGCGCCAUCCAGGCUAUGAGCCCUUGGCCCCUCCUCCUCCUCCAUCUGCUACUGCUGUGCCGGUGUGGCAGGACCGGACCAUCGCCUCCUCGAAGCUGCGGAUGCUGGAGUACUCGGCCUUCAUGGAGGUCCAGAGAGACCCGGACAACUAUAGCAAACACCUGUUUGUCCACAUUGGACAGACCAACCCCUCGUACAGCGACCCGCUUCUCGAGGCCGUGGACAUCCGGCAGAUCUACGACAAGUUCCCUGAGAAAAAAGGGGGGCUUAAAGAGCUUUAUGAGAAGGGCCCUCAGAAUGCCUUCUUCCUUGUUAAAUUCUGGGCCGACCUGAACAGCAGCGGCAUGCAGGACGGCCCCGGUUCUUUCUACGGCGUCAGCAGCCAAUACAGCAGCCUUGAGAACAUGACGAUCACGGUUUCAACCAAAGUCUGCUCGUUUGGCAAGCAGGUUGUAGAGAAAGUUGAGACAGAAUACGCCCGCAUGGAGGGAGGAAGGUGUGUUUACAGGAUCCACCGCUCUCCUAUGUGCGAGUACAUGAUCAACUUCAUCCACAAACUCAAACACUUGCCGGAAAAAUACAUGAUGAACAGUGUUCUUGAAAACUUCACCAUCCUACAGGUGGUGACGAACCGAGACACCCAGGAGACCUUGCUCUGUAUAGCGUUUGUUUUCGAGGUUUCCACGAGUGAACACGGAGCUCAGUAUCACGUCUACAGACUUGUGAAAGACUAACAGCUCCUCUGCGAGGUUUUUGAAAAAGCCAGAAUAAAGCGUGACACACAAUCUCUCUUCAACCAGCUCAACCCCCCCCCCCCCCCCCCCCCAUCGCCAAAAAAGACAUGCAAACAAUGCUUGACCGGACUGACAUGGACACAUUUUAUUCUUUUAAAAGUAUUGUUUGCAAGGGAAAAAAAAAAAGAGUGAAUGUCAACGUGCCGACACGCAAAUACAUUUUUGAAGAAGUACGUAUUUUUCGAACAACCAGCUAUUUUUCAUGUGUUUAAACAUGCUUUCCAUGAAGUGGUUCCCUUUUUGUCAAGGUAGUUGAUGGAGCCGGAAAUGUUUUACUGAGGGAAUGAGAAUGUGUUGGAAAGACUCUUAAAGUAGUAAAGAGAGAACCAGAGCCGAGUGGUGUUGUUGCAGUAGGUUCGUCAGGGAAGCAAGUGCCUUGUCUCCAAAGAUUACAUCAUUGCCCCACUUUGGAUUUCAUUUUUUUUUUUUUUUACUACCUCUUGUUUUAAACAAAUAGAUAAAAAAGUCUGACACGUGUACUUUGUCCAAAGAAAGAAAGAAACCUCUCAGAUUGACAUCUUUUGAGGCCUUUUUUGUACUUUGGCACACAGAGGAAUGAGAUGGCAUUUGUCAUUUUCUUGUUGCCUUUUGUUAUUUCAUGAAGAUCAACCCAAUUUUACAGUCCACAUAGGGAGCAAUUCAGUUGUGUUACCCCAUUAUUUAGAUUUUGCUUAUUUUUUGUUUUACAUUUUAAUGAACAGUUCAGAAAUCAGGUCUUACAAGCAUCUAUCUAUAACUGACCUUUGACCCUAGGGAUGCCUUGUAUUCUGCCUGCCUGACACGCAGGCAGGGCAGUGCCAUCCAUACGAGAUCCACUGAUGAGUCUCUCGGUUUCGAAGACGUGUGCUUGGUUGCACUUAAAAGAUCAAGGAGGUGGAGGUGAAGCAACAGCAGUGCUCAUUUCCUGCCUCGAGUUAUGUAGCCUUGUUGGAAAAAUUGAAUUGUUUCUGUACUGUGAGUCAGUGGAUGCUAAAGGAAUACGUGUUACAUAGGAGUAUUUUCUAGGAGGGGCGGAGGGGGACUUUCAUAUUUGUGUUCAAGUAACUCAGCACAGAGACCAUGGUUUGAGUCGGGGGGGGGGGGGAGUUAAUCACUGUUUCUUUUGUUUCAAAAAGAGAUUGUAUGCUGUGAAGUGGGUUUAUUUGCUUCACCAUUCUCCGUUGUAAUGUGUGGAGAAGCUGCAUUCGUUGAUUAAAGUUCAGUUUUGAUAUUUAAAUCUUUUUUUUUACUGAUAUUAGACAUAAAAUAAUUUUGGAAUCAAACCAAAUAAUUGUCUUCAAUGAGAGCUAUUGUCUCUGUGCUGUGGAGUAUGACCAUUGAUUGUUAUUUAUAGGGUUGGAAGAGAUUUAGUGGGAGGGCAGGGUGGGGCACUGGAGAUGUAUUGAUCGUUUCCCACUGUUAUGGAGAUGUUUUAAGUAUUGCAGGACUCAUAUUAGAGACAGAAGACUUGUCACCCCACGGAUCCUGCUAGACACGCGUCUACUCCGGGUGGUUCACUGGACGAUUGUUUUAUAAAAGUUCAAAUUUAAGAUAUUGUGCGGUGGGAUAAUUGCACCUGGCUUUGAAUGUCUUAUUUCACAAGCUAGAUACGAUAACACUCCUCCUCUAGCAUGUUUCUCAAUUUAUCUUUUAUACAGACAUGUUUUCGCCAUUUUCGAGAUUCAUGUUUUGUUUUGAUUCUGUUUUCUUUUGACUUUCAGUGUUUGCCAUAUGCCUCACUGAAAAUAAUGUGUGAUUGUGCUGAUAUUGAUAAUUAAUAAUGAGAUAUAUAAUGUAUCAUAUUCUGAAUGGUGUGGGCAGUUUUUUUUUUUUUGGUUCAAGGUGGUUUACUGUUGUCUUUGUUACCAUUGUGCAUUGCAAUUUUAUACUUCAAAGUAGAGGUUGGACUAUGUAAUCAAACAAAUGUAUCUAACAUUAAAAGACGCAUGGUGCCUUUGGGGCCAUUUUUCCCCAGAAAACCUAUUAAACAUGUUUGUAAAUUGA